AGAGAUAUGACAUUGACAAGAAGAAAAGCAAACAGCAGUUGAUUUACUUCGAUUUAUUUAGAAUUUGGUUUUCCAUUCAAGAUUUGCAAUGGGUAGCCCAGAGCAAGAGCUCUGUCCACCGCCAUCAGAAGAAGAUGAGUUAACCUUACCUAGAGCAAGUAUUAACAAAAUGAUAAAGGAGUUGGUUCCUUCCGUUAGGGUUGCAUUUGAGUCUAGAGAACUAAUACUUAACUGUUGCACCGAAUUCAUACACUUGCUCAGCUCUGAGGCCAAUGAAGUUUGUAAUCAGAGUAAUAAGAAAACUAUCAAUGCCGAACAUGUACUCACAGCUCUAGAUAGGUUGGGGUUCAAUGACUACACAAUAGAAGCAGAAGCAGUGCUAAAAGACUGUAAGGCUGUAGCGGCAAAGAGGAGAAGGCAGAGCACCCGUUUGGAAAACCUUGGAAUUCCAGAAGAAGAAUUGCUUAGGCAGCAACAGGCACUAUUUGCAAAAGCUCGUGAAGAACAAGCAAAGCAGGACCAACAGCAAUGGCUGCUGCUGCAGCAACAGGGGUUGGUGGGCUCCGAUGUGACGGCACAGCCUUACAUACCACCUCCGACUGGACCCAAGGGUGACAUGGAUGAAGAUGAUGACUACUCAUAGGAUUAAUAUUUAUUUCUAACAUGUGAUAUGUCAAUAUUGUGGCUAAUUUAAUAUUUUUACAAGAAUUUGACAAAUAAUCAAUUACUUUGCAUCUAUAAAAUAUGUUAUACCUAUCUAUCUGUUUGUAAUGUAUGUUGAUAGGCUUACCCAUUCAUCGUCUUUAAGUGUCGGAGUUACCAUACCACAAUAAAACUAAAGCUACCUAUUAGCUAAGAAAACUUGGAUCCCAAACUUAGUAUGGCAUACUCCAUUUUUCCACUUUUAAUAUAAUUUUAAAUAAAACGUGACACUGCAAAGUUCAAAAAUAAAAAAGUCCCCUUGUGUGUGCUUGAUGUAGAAAUACCUACAGAGUUUCUGUGAGCGGGGAAAAAGUAAACAAAUAAGACAGAUUUUGCUUUGUAACCAAUAUGUUAAAUUUACUAUUUAAUGAAAUGUUUUACUGAAAUAUGAUCCUUUAACUAAAAUAGAAAUGUAAAUAAAUUGUUGAUAUUGAUAGGACCAUGUUCAUUCUCUUAGGCUCCAUUCGGACGAGAGCUUAAAAAG